CUUGACGCCGGUACCAAGUGGCCCACUGAGCCCAAUCUGUAACGGAGAACAGGAGUAUCGCCCCGGCGGACGGUUGCGGCAGCCUCUCGGCUCGGAUAUUUGUCAUUUUGUGGAUUUAUUCCCGACAGAUAAAUUCCAGGAUGCCUACAAAUGUACAAGGAGGGAAAGCCUUUGGACUGUUAAAGGAGCAGCAGAAGACAAAAUUGGACGAAAUAAACAAGGAAUACUUGGAAGACCAGAAAUACAGGGAUGAAGAGGACCUGCCUGAGAAACUGGAGGGUCUCAAAAAUAAGUACGCAGAGUUUGACCUGAAUGACCAAGGAGAGAUUGAUUUGAUGGGUCUGAAGCGGAUGAUGGAGAAGCUUGGGGUGCCCAAGACCCAUUUGGAGUUGAAAAAGAUGAUUGUCGAGGUGACGGGCGGCAGCAGCAGCAACACUAUCAACUACAGGGACUUUGUCAAGAUGAUGCUGGGCAAGCGUUCAGCUGUGCUCAAACUAGUCUUGAUCUUUGAGGACAAAGCCAAUGGCUCUCCCUGCAAGCCAGAAGGACCCCCUCCAAAGCGGGACAUUGCAAGCCUGCCUUAACUCUAGGUGUCAGCCUCCAGACUGCUUGUGAAGCAGAGGGACCAUCGGCGGUUGCGUGAAAUCGAGUCGUUCUCUUAACAUGUGGAGUGUUGUAUUAGUGUGGGACCAGUGAUCGAGGAUGUGAUUUUGUGAUAUACGGUGUGUGCAAGGUGUUUGUCAUUUGGAAGACUGAACCCCACAACUCACUAAAUGAUGUUUGACUGUGAAUAUUCUUAUUCAUCUUUUAUCCUUUUAAUUGAAAUGUAGCAUUGGUAGUUGUACACGUAACCUCCUUGAUAAAUUCAAUUUUGUAGUAAGUGUUUCAUGGUUAUAUUUUAAGGGAAAACUCCAAAUUCUCCAGAGGUUGUUUUUCCUUGUUUAAUUUUUGGGACGCGUUCAUUUUUAUCAUUCUAAGAGUAGGAUGCUUUUGGAGAAGCACAAGGAAAAGAAGCAUUUUUUUCCAACACAUUUUUGCACUGUCCUCAGUGGUCUUGGAUGGAUUCCUGCCAGGCUAAUCUUGGUCCACGUCUCGCUUUAGAUCAGGUGCCAGAGAUUAGAGGCCCGGCCCAUUUCCUCUGGGUCAGAGUCAUCAGCCCUCAAAGCCAAAAUACUGAUCUGGAAUCAGUAACUAGGUUAUCAUGGCCACCUCAUAAUCGGAAAAGCAUUUUUUUUGUAGAUGACUGUACUGCUAUGCGUUUUAAUAUUCCUCUCUCAGCUAGUGCGAGUGAAUAAGAGAAUAUGUUGACGACGGGACUUAAAGUUUCGGCUUCAAGAACAGCAAAUCUGACUCCAUUUUUAGAUCUGUAAGGUUAAGCACAUGUUAAUUUUGGAAGGAGUGUGAUUUACAGGCACACAAGCGUAACAGAUGUACAUAAUAUACUCACACACAGUACAAUCAUAUUCUUUCCAAGUGCCUUAACAUGCAGAUACUGUAGAGCUUAAACACACAGAUUGAAAAAGGAGGGAGUGCACACAGGUGUUCAGUUCGAGCAGUACGCUUAGCUUACUAAUUCCAGAGACCGUGAAAUAAUUUUAUUUGGUGAGAUAGUUUUGAUGAUGUUUGUUGAAUUGUAUUGAUAUGGUGUUUCCACAACAUUCUGAGUGAGUGAUGUUCACAAGGUGGAUUUUUUAAAAUGUAGUUGUUUCCCUUUUCUUACUAUUAUUUGUCGAUGUCCCAGCAACCUGCUUGUGGGAUGAUUUGACUGAUUAGGUUACUCUGUACUUGUCUUGCAAUGCAUACAUGUGUUACCAGUUUGUCUUUGAUUCUCAAUCUUUUUUCAUCAGCUAACCAUCCCUCUCUGUUGAACUGGGUUCAUUGUCCUGUGAAUUCUGUAAUUUGUGCCUCAGUGUUCCCAUAACUCACGCUACUUACUGUGAAUUUGGUACUUGUAGUAUUUUUAACCCACUUAACAUGUUUGAAACUAUAAUGUUAUUUUGUUUUCAGUCUCAUAGGUGUACUACAUCUUUUAAUGUUGUUAAGAUGCACAUUGUUUGCAGACACCAAAGGAAUUAAAAUUCUUCUUACACU